CCAGAAGUGAUAGGCCUGGGGACCGAGCUGCCGCCACCGGACGACAGCCAAGAUGUCCGGCAAAGACCACAUCGAUAUCUUCCCUUCGCGAAUGGCACAGACCAUUAUGAAGGCCCGAUUAAAAGGAGCACAGACAGGCCAAAAUCUCCUAAAGAAAAAAUCUGAUGACUUGACUCUUCGAUUUCGGCAGAUCUUAAAGAAGAUCAUCGAGACCAAAAUGCUAAUGGGUGAAGUGAUGCGAGAAGCUGCUUUCUCACUUGCGGAAGCCAAAUUCACAGCUGGUGACUUCAGUACCACUGUUAUUCAGAAUGUGAACAAAGCCCAAGUGAAGAUCAGAGCAAAGAAAGAUAAUGUAGCAGGUGUCACCUUGCCAGUGUUUGAACAUUAUUAAGAAGGAGCUGACAGUUAUGAGUUGACUGGUUUGGCCAGAGGUGGGGAACAACUGGCCAAACUGAAGAGGAACUAUGCCAAAGCAGUGGAGCUGCUGGUAGAACUAGCAUCAUUGCAGACUUCAUUUGUUACACUGGAUGAGGUCAUUAAAAUUACGAACAGACGGGUAAAUGCCAUUGAGCAUGUGAUCAUUCCCCGGAUUGAAUGUACGCUUACUUACAUCAUCACAGAACUGGAUGAAUGGGAGCGUGAAGAGUUUUAUAGGUUAAAGAAAAUACAGGAGAAGAAGAAGGUUCUCAAAGAGAAAGCAGAGAAAGAAUUGGUGAUACGGAAGGCAGCUGGCGAAGUGUUGGAGCCUGCUAAUCUAUUAGCUGAAGAGAAGGAUGAAGAUCUUCUGUUUGAAUAGCCAUUCUUAUUCUAUAGUCUUCUUUGAGACCUUGGUCUUGUGGUUUCCUUA